UGCUGUUGUUGGGCGGAGCGAACAACCAGGAAGAUUCAUACCGAGCAGAUAAGGAUGAAGUAGCUGAAAAAUAACAAAUUAACGCCACAGGGAUGGUCGUUUAGAUCAUAAAUAACAUCAUUCGUGUCUGAAGCCUCUUGUUGUGCAGUAAUGGAGGAGACGAACAAAGAGGCCGUCGCCACAGCCGUUCAGAGGGUGGCCGGGAUGCUGCAGCGCUCAGAUCAGCUGGAUAAAGUCGAGCAGUACAGGCGCAGAGAGGCACGCAAGAAGGCGUCUGUCGAGGCCAGACUCAAAGCUGCUAUCCAGUCUCAGCUUGACGGAGUACGAACGGGUCUCACACAACUCCACAACGCACUGUGUGACGUGAAGGACAUCCAGAACUCGCUGGCCGACCUUAGUAAGGACUGGAGACAGAGCAUCAACACCAUAGAGAACCUGAAGGAUGUCAAAGAGGCCGUGGUACAGCACAGUCAACUGGCCUCCGCAGUGCAGAACCUGAAGAACAUCUUCUCAGUGCCGGAGAUUGUGCAGGAGACACGUGAGCUGAUCGAACGAGGCGAGCUCCUGCAGGCGCACCGGCGUCUCAUGGACCUGGAGUGCACCCGCGACAACCUGCUGUACGAGCAGCACAGGCUGGACAGCAGGAGCGCUCCCGAGCCCGGCCUGAUCGGCGCCUAUUUCGGCCAGGUGCAGGGCCUCUCGGGCGAGCUGUCCAAGCAGCUGUGGCUGGUGGUGCAGCGAGCGCUGGUCACGGUGCGGUGCGAUCCCACCAUGCUGGUGUCGGCCAUGCGCAUCAUCGAGCGCGAGGAGAAGAUGGACCGACGCUUGCUGGAACGCCAAAAGCAGUCCUCUUUUCUCCCGCCAGGCCGGCCUAAGCGGUGGAAGAACCGCAUGACUGAAGUGCUGGAGAGCACGGUGAGCGGGCGCAUCGAGAGCGCGCAGGCCGAGACGCGCCAGUCCGAUAAGAUGUGGCUGGUGCGACUGCUGGAGAUCACGCGCCGCUACGUUCUGGAUGACCUGCUCAUCGUGAAGAACCUGCUGGUGCAGUGCUUCCCGCCGCACUAUGACACCCUGCGGCUGUUCCUGGACCUUUAUCACCAGGCAGUGUCGGCUCGCGUGCAGGAACUCGCUGAUGACGACCUGGAGCCCAACGAGAUUGUGUCUCUGCUCACCUGGGUGCUUAACACGUACAAAAGUGCGGAGAUGAUGGGCCACCCAGAUCUGUCCCCCGAGUGUGACGCGAAGCUGUUGGAGCCGCUGUUACCUGAGGACGUUGUGAACAACCUGCUCAGCAAAUACUUGGCGACUUUUACAUCUAACAUCACAGGCUGGCUGCGGAAAGCUUUAGAAACCGAUAAGAAAGACUGGCGGAAGGAGACCGAGCCUGAGGCAGACCAGAACGGCUACUACCAGACCACCCUGCCAGCUAUCGUCUUCCAGAUGUUUGAGCAGAACCUGCAGGUUGCAGCUCAGAUCAACGAACCGUUUAAAGAGCAGGUGCUGCUGCUCUGUCUGAAACAGAUGAAUUCCUUCCUCAUCAGGUACAGAGAUGAAGUCAUCGCCUACAAGGACGAGCACUUGAAAGAUCGGCAGCUUCCGCAGUGCUACGUCCAGUACAUGAUCGCCAUCAUCAAUAACUGCCAGACCUUUAAGGAGUCUAUAAACAGUCUGAAACGGAAGUACACGCAGUCGACCGAGCCCAACCAAAAUGACGCGAGCAUCGAAAAGACCCUGAACGAGGUGGCCAAAGUGGGUUGCCAGUUCCUGCUGGAUGAAGUGUUUUUGGAUUUGGAGAAUCAUCUGAACGAGCUGCUAACACGGAAGUGGCUGCAGGGCUCUCAUGCGGUGGAUACCAUCUGUGUGACUGUGGAGGACUACUUUAAUGACUUCUCCAAAAUCAAGACGCCUUAUAAUCAGAAGCUGACGAAGGAGGCUCAUCGGCGUGUGGUGGUGGAGUACCUAAAGGCCAUCAUGCAGAAGCGCAUCACGUUCAAAAACGCAGAGGAGAGGAAGGAAGGAGCCGACAGGAUGAUCAAAGAGGCGGAUCAGUUCAGCUUUCUCUUUAAAAAACUCUCUUCGGGUGAAGACACGGACUGGCUGUGUGGAUCCAUCGCCGCUAUAGCCGAGGUGUUCAAGCUGACUGACCCCACUCUGCUCUAUCUGGAGGUGUCCACGCUGGUCUCCAAAUAUCCAGACAUCAGGGAGGAGCACAUCGUGGCCCUGCUGGCUGUCCGGGGUGAUUCCACGCGUGACAUGAGGCAGAUGAUCGUCGAGACGCUGAACCAGAGCAAACCGGCCAUCUCUCCCAACACACCGCCUCUUUUCAGGGACAUCACCGUGCCAACCAUCGCAGCCAUGACCGCUAUGGCCGUGCCAAAACUGCUCAAAUAACCUGCACUGGGCUGACCUAUGACCUCUGGUGCAUCAGCAGACUACAGCACGAUCACGUUUUCAUUAUGACGCACUUUGUCAGGAACGAUGGACAGUAAACUGGCCCUUGGUCAUUUCAAACACUAGAUAUUUUAGACGCCACAACCGGCUGAUGCUUCUCUGAUUCAACAGAACACAGAAUCAUGUCACACCCUCACUGUAACGCUCACUAAAGGCAUUUCCUCUCUAGGUGCUUGGUCCCCCUUUCACAGUUUACAUGUAUUAAUAUGAGUUACAGCAUGAGGGGAAAAUACAGAUGUUGUAAUCAACGCCACAGCAGCCUGUCAGACUGGGAACUAGAUCCAGUAAAUAAAAUAGUGAUGUAUGAUUAA